ACCGGUGUGGCGUCUCGAACGGCGCGGUCCCGAAGGAUGUGCAGAGGCGGUUUAUGGCGUUGUUUGAUGAUCACUACUUGGAGAAAACCGGAGUCCUCCAGGAAAGUCUCUAUCAAAGUGAGAAGAGGAGACUGGAGCUGGAGAGAGAGCUCUUCACAUAUCACACCUCUGAGAAACACAGCGCUCGAGUAAACAAUGCCAAGCUGUGCGGUUACCUGAAGAACAUAUGUGAAAGAGAGAAGCAGGCUAAAAAAAGAAACCUCCAGCUGCUGAAAGAUGCAGAGUACGUGCAGUUGUGUGUGGGAGCAUCCCCCCUAGAUCACAGUACACUCCACCAAAAACAGGUUGAAUGCUGGAAUAAAAUGACACGGCUUUCAGCACUGAGGAAAAGUGAAAAAGCGUCAAGUGCAGAAAGUGUUUCCAAGGGAAAUGUGGUGUUGCGCCCACCUCCAGAUACAUCUUCCAUACAUUAUAUGAAAGACCUGUUCCAGCCUGCUGCAGUCUUCAUGGGUUGCCAGACCUCCGCCGGCUCCAUCGCUGAGCCUCUGGCUUUCAGUACCCAGCUUUCCCAGCCACCGGGACCUCUUCCCAGGCAGAUGCCGUCUUCAUCAGAGCCGUGGGGACACGAUGUUGUAAGCCUUUCCAGAUUUCUGAGGCAAGAUGCCUAUGCCAGGCCGGGUUCUUCCAGCUUUGUUUUAACUGGGAGUGAUUCAACCACUCGUCAGGGUGCAAGUGAGAAAAACGAGAGUGCUGCACCUUUAGUGUUGACGAACCCGGUGCCGCACCAAAGCAUCGAGGCUUUCAUACCUCACGUGUCCUCGAAGGUAUCUCAGGAUAAGGAGGAACCCCAGUCCAUGGCUAAACACCAAGAAGCUCUUGAUGUGAAUGAUCCUGUAAAGGUCUCUUCGAUAUCUGAAAUCAACAAAGAAAAUUCCAGAAGCAUUCCUCAAAUCCUGUCACAUCAGAAUGGAUUUGAGAAACUUGACGAAUAUACAGAAAGCGCCAGUGGCGCAAGCAGCCCUGGUGUGAUCACUGGGAAUGCUGCCGAUGCCAGCAGCGAGCUUCCUCUGUCCCACACUGAAGAUAAAGGCCCUGCUGUAUAUCCUGGGGGCCGCACACCGGAAUCUCCAAUUCCACCUGUGACCUCAGAGAGGGAGAUGUGCGAUACCCCCAGCAUCACUGCACAUGUCGGUACUGGCACAAAAAAGGCAGGAUCGCAGGGCACAGAAGCGUUGCAGGGUUGCAGCGAAGGCUUUUGGCAGGAUGCCGCACAGCUGGAAACAUCUGCAGAGCAGCUUUCCUUGAAGGGAUUCUUUCAUUUACUAAACAGCAUUGAAGGGAGACUUAAUCAAAGGGAAAACAAGCUGUACAAGAUCUCAUCAGUCAGCAAGGAGAAACUCAACAGUUUGAUAAGCCUUUGUAACGGUGAGGCUGCCUUGAAUGGAGAGGACCUUGAAGCAUGCGGAGCAGUCGUCCUUCACCAGUUUCAGAGGUUGUCAUGGAGCAUGUCAAAAGGAUGCCUAUUACGGCGAGAUAUAGUUAGCGCUCACUGGAUGGCCGCCGACGGGAGGAGAAUAAGGUCCCAUUUACCCCCGGAUGGGGCACUGUUGUGGGAUCGCUGGCUCCAGCACGUGCUUCUGCUGGAGAGCAGCGGCGUCCUCACUGCCAGCGAGGUUGUUGACCUCUUCACACCUCUGUUGGUUCAGACAGAUGCUACUUACGUUGAAGAGGCCAAAGUGCUGGUGAAAAGACUCUUGCCACAAACUCCUGAAGCAAGCCUGUCUUUGAGGGGUGAACAGUCCCCCAAUGACCUGCCCUCUCUCUUCAAUGACAGUGAAGAAGUAUCUUUGGUCGAACCUGCAGAUCUGCUCAGUUCCACAGACACUCGAAAACAAGAACUACAAAGUGCUGAAGAGGACAGCGCCGAAGAAGGCUUUGUGAAAAGUAUUCCUAUUAGAGAGACGAAAGCGUAUCAGCUGCUUAAACAAUCUGCCACGCAGCAGAGGCGGCUGAGCUCUGAAGAACACGAUGAUGGCUCGGAUCUGGAUCUGUCAGGCGAAAGAUGCAUGAAUAGUGCUGGCAAGGAUGUUCUCACAAAAACCAGUCCAACCCCUCAUCAAGAAGUCCAUCAAUUCCGGGCGGAGAGAAUGGUUCCUGCUGUGAAAUCGAAAGCUUUUUGGGGAGAAUCUGACGACAGUGGCAGCGAUAUAGAAGCCGCGCUGCGUCCAGCAUCUCGCCACGACGACGACUUUGAUUUUUCAGACUGAUUGGAAGAGGCCGUGAACGAGGCUGAACGUUUGAAAUGUUCCUCAUGCAGGAAUGUGUGUCAUCAAGUGUUUACCAUUAGCAUUACAAAACGUUUCUCCUCUUUGCUGCUUUUUACAUGUGUCUUCAAGUAAUGUUUACGUUCUGGUUUUCCCUCCAAUUUUCUGCUGUUUUGAAGCAGCAGAUGAACCAAUAAUAUCAUGAGCAGUGUUGAGAAAUGACACGGAAAGAGAAAAUUCCUCAGCCUGGUCACUCUAUGUUGAGUCAAAUUGCAAAUCGACAUGCUUAAGGAAUAUUAUUAAUGCUUUUCAUUUAACCAAUGCUAUGUUAAACAUUUGUGAAGGCAUGUCAUUCUCUGCAGAACUAAAAGCGCUGGCAUCCAGUGCAUCAGCGUGAUUCCAUUAGUCAGCUUUUAGGUGACUUUAUGUGCCUGAGCCGUCUAAAGUAGGACUCUACAGUCAUUACCAGUAAUGGCUGCGGGCUGCCUUGACCCAACACGCAAAGUGUACGUGUCUGGAUAAUUUUGAGUUUGCUAAAAAGCUCCCCUCACAUAAUAUCCAUGUUAAGGAGCAUGUCAACAGACACUUGUGCACGCCGAUAGCUCUGUGAGAGCCGAGUUAUAUUGUACUAAUAUGUAACAACACAAUAAACAUUUUUUAAGAGAACUUUUCCUGAUCAGUUCGUCCCCGUGAGACAGUGUUCACUGGAGUUGUGCUUUUAGCCCUUUGCUUGAUGCUAGCUGGGAAAUCAUUAAAAUCCAUGGUAGGAAUUUGCCAUCGCUGUCAGAUUUGCUGCACACUCUUCUCAUUUUUGAAGGCAAGCACUGAGCAUUGAGGGGUAUCAUUAGCGGGAAUAUUACUCCAGGAAUACGUUAACAGAACAAAGUUCCUAUAUUGUCGCUCCAAUUCUUGUAGAUUAAAAAGAAAAAUCUAAAAUUACUCGGCUGAUAGAUCCGCAAAUAAAUAAGAGUGAUUUGCAUUUUUACCACAUUGGUUUGCCCAACAUUUUCAGCUUGAGGGGCAAUUUUGUAAUCAUAGUGUAUGAUAGCGGACUGAAAAUGUUAUGCUGCAGAAUUCCUCGCUCUGUUGUGAACUAAUUUUACAUUCUAAAUGUAUAUGUCCCUGAUAUAAUGUCUCAUUUACCUAAUAUCUGUUGAUGAACAAUAACAGCAAAAUACAGGGGCAAAGGUUGAAAAUGGACAGAACAAAUGUA